CCAUCCCGUUGUUCAAGGCUUGCCCUACCUCGCUUCUUUGCUCUGUCGAAGUCAACAUGGAGGUUUGUCAGGCUAGGCUAGACGGCAUGGCAGCAAUUCAUGCUCUGGUCGUCGAAGCCAUUAGAUGCUGUCAAUCUGCCUCUGCGGAUGAAGCAGAUUCCAGAUGCAUCACUAUCUCGUUAUCCAAAGCUCUUGACGUCAAUUCAGUAGACAAUGUUGAGGCUUCAAGAGGGACAUUCGCGAUAAAUCACACUGGAGAGCCUUGGCGGACAAGAAUCCCGCGACCUUCAUCAAUCGUCUGGUUUCGUCUUCCGCCUUCCAACAGACUGUUGGAGCACGCGAUUUCCCACAAAUUUCGUGGGGUGACGCCGUUGCGUUGAUGACCACAGGUAAGUGCUUCGUGUACAUUUUCGAAGUGUGAUGGACGUUCACGUGCGUAACCUGCUCAGGAAUGAACGACACCGAGGUCAAGAGGUAUGUUAUUGACAUUCCUGCUGAAGGCCAACCGACGUGGUCGCAACUCCCAUCAAUCGAGAAGCCAAAGGGAGCCUACUUCUCUGGCUUCGAGGUUUCUUUCGAUUUUCACGGAGUCGUUGAGGAUCUGCUUGAAAGUCCACGAGCUCAUAGGGAUGACUUCGAUCGGCCUUUCCUUGGGAAAUUUCUGCGACGAGUUUCAGUCAUUGAUUCAUGACUUGCCAUCCGCAACGAAAGAGACCGCCCCAGGAUCAAUAACGUUAUCAUAUGCCCCAGAUGACGAUGACACCGAGUUCAGCAGUUUAGAAAGGUUUAAGUCAGGCGUGUCACAGUCAUUGCUAUUACAACGUGAAAUUUGGUCUGCAUUUAAAGCAGGGGCAACCAAAGGCUGCCCCAUGCCUCGCAUCAGCAAGCAUGACUCAUCGCUUGUGGAAUCUGGACUGCGUUGCUGCGUACGAGAAGGAUCAAAGGACAACGUAACAGUGAAAGUGUUCAAAGACUGGUCGCCUCUUCUUGACGGAACCAGUGUAAUAAUGGCCUUGUCAGAAAGCAAACUCUGGAACAGUUUCGGGAUCAGCAUUGCGGAUGCUGCUAUUCACAACUUUUUUGGUGUUCUCCAUGCGGGAAAGAGCUUUAUGGAGAAACAUCUCAGCAUAUUCCUCCAUCUGCACAAUGAACAUAUCUCAUGUGUGAAACCCGAGAACGUCCCACAGAGAGUUCUGCCGAAGCUUGUCAAGGAUGCAGUUGCUGCAGCUUUGCGGCAGUUGAAGACUCAGCUUCCUGGUGACUUCUCAUCCGUACACCAAGCGAAGGUAGGCAAGAAAAUCCAUGCAGAUUUAAUUGUCGUUGAGUAGAGCACUUGACACCGAGUUCUCUUUCAGGUUGGGAAUUGCUUGCCUGAUUUGGCAACUAGCCUUGCAACCAUAGUGAUGGACUCCAGCAAUCAGCAUUUCCAAGAGGAGUGUUCCAAAAUCUUGGGGGUUCAGGAUGUCAACAAUGUUGAAACAGCCAUUCUGCAGCGGCUGAGCUCUAUUUCAUUGGCGCCUGAUCAUGGAGGAAGAAUGCUGCCUUGUAAGCGCCAGCCUAAAAAAAUGGAUGAGAUGGAUGUAUAGUGGGCACUGGAUUGAAUGAAGGAAGCCAUGUUAACCGCGACAAGGGUAGUACAAGGAUCCUCCUGUUAUAUUUUGAGCUAGUCCA